AUGGACAAGCGCAACGAGCCUCGCAGGCUAUCCGACGUGAAAUGUGGACUUUCAAGCGACGACAUGGCGAUGUCGAGGUUGGAUGAAACACGGUCAGCAUAUGUGGCUGAUGGCAACCGUCCGUCAUGGGUAGCGAGGGACUGUACACAUCGCGCACGAGACCUGCUUCAGACGGGUAUGCCGACGCCAGAAUCUCUGCUAUCCGAUCCCGAAACCUGGGGGCCAUCUGGGGGCCGUCAGCUACAUCCUUGGCUGACGGCAAAUGGACCCUUGACCCUUCACGAGCUGGACUGGUUGCUCCGUCCAGUUGGCUCCGGUGCACGGCAUAACGGCCUAACCUGGCCGAUCUUGGUCGAUACUCGGCUUUGGGCAGCGAUGCUCCGGGCUUUGCUUGCUGCUGCAACACGACAAUGGCAACCUCACAACUGCGAACAGAGCGCAGGGAAGUGGGCAGUUCAAAACAUGUAUAUGGUGGAUCAAUAUGUAAGUGGUUGCGAGAGACCGAUGCUUGCGAGAGUUGACGGGACCGAGCAGGCCGCCAGGUCCCCCAGGAAGCCCGAGAAGCACCGGCCCAGCAAAUCCAAGCCGUCUACCUCGACAAGCAGCAGCCACAUGCGCCCGGUCAGCUUCCUGUUUGUGGUAAACAGACUUGAAGUAACCUAUUUUAGCGAUCAGCACAACGAUCAGGAUUACCGCAGGGAUGAGUGGCUGAACCUUCUCCCGCCAACCUGUCACACGGGGUAUACGGGUGAGAGGGUCAGCCAAGUGAUGCGAUAUCAAGAUGGUCAAGUCACGAUAGCCCGUGGCUACCAGUGGUAUCGCCCAGCCUGGCAUGAAGACGGUCAUUUUUACCAAGCUGCGUACGGGCAGCUACUCGAACCGUACAAGAAGCACGCAGUCUUUGCAUGCAACCCGCACCUGCCCAUCGUCGUGAUCCCUGGGGACCCGACGACGACAAACCCGGUAGAGGGUCCAUUUGCGUUGCACUUCUUCCACAGCCCAAACCCUGAACUGAGAGGCAUCUCGUUUGCAACGACGGAGAGCGGCAACAUGCCACAUGGACAUGGGCCGGUCAAGCGGGUUGCGGGCAAACAUCCCAGCUGGAUCCCAAGCUUGGUUCCUACCCCCUACAGUAACCGUCUACCAUCCACGUCCCAGGCAUCUCGUGGCCUCUCGGGCGAGAUAUCCAUCAUCCUCGGCCUGAUGGCUUUUAGUCAAGAUAUCGACGCCGUCGAAGACAUCUUUGUCGGGCGCGAUGGGCACCACGGCCUCUGGCACAACCGGCACUGGUAUUGCAACUACCCACCCGCCCUCUAUCCACUCACGGAGCAUCAUCACCCCUGCGGCUUCCUCAUCGCCGUGGCUGUCGACCCUGAAAAUCCUUCCAUCUCGACGCCCGAACGGAUCCACAGCUUCGAAUGGACCGGCGUCAUCGUCAAAGAGACUCCGUCGUCAGCCUCCUCCUCGUCGAAGGUGCGGUGA